AUGGAAAAAUUACUUCAGAAACAACAACUCGUAACGGAGGGGAUCGAGAAGAUCGUGGUCAACUUUAAAAAGGACACCUCACGCCGCAAGACGCCGGAGUACGCCCAAAAACGCCUGGAAGCUCUGGAGUCGCUAUGGAGUGAGUUUGAAAUCAAUCAUAAACAACUUUUACUGUCUGUAGACCAAUCAGACGACUACUUUACUACCAACGCUUAUCAAACUUUGAAAAGGACGUACCUAUCCAUGAAGGACGCCCUCCAAAAACUUUUGGAAUCCAACAUAACCGCUGAACAAACCGAGGCUGGAACAUUGUCGAAAUCGGACGAACUCAUCAACCUACAGAACACCAACUUUCGAGCCUUCUCUCGUAUGGUUCGCAACAUUGACAUCGAAUCCAUCACCGAGAAGUGGGAACUCGAAGACAAGCUACAAAUGCUACAAUCCCGUUGGAGAGUCAUCGACGAUACACACUGGCAAAUUGACAACGUUUUGAUCGGUACCGACUUAAACUACGAAGAACAAUUUUCAAAACAUGAAGCAGAGUUUGAAACCACCAAACGAGAACUGCACCGCAAACUUAAUGCUACCACCCACCAGCAACGUUCUCUGCCGCCCAUCGAGAUACCUACAUUCACUGGAAACUAUGCUCAGUGGCCAACUUUUAUGGAUUUAUAUUGUGAAGCAAUCCACAAUAAUGCCAUGCUAACACAGGGCCAAAAAAUGCAACAUCUCAAGGGAAAGCUCAGAGGCGAAGCAGAGCGCAUUGUUCAACACCUAACUGUGUCAGCGGAAAACUAUGAUGCCUGUUGGGAAAUCCUCACCCACCGCUAUAACAACAAACAACUACUUUUUACAAGACAAAUCCAAACCUUCAUGAAUCAACCAUCGAUUCAACAACAAACCUCGUACGAGUUGAAACGACUCUACGACACCAGUUUGGAAACUAUACAUGCAAUACACAACUUGGGUAUUGAAACAAUAACAUGGGACCCCAUCCUUGUUCACAUAUUAACUACAAAACUUGACUCCGAGACAUACGCUUCAUACAUGGAAACAAGAAAACAACCGAGAGAACUCCCUAGCCUUGACGAAUUCAUGGAGUUUCUACAACGUAAAUUCACCGCUCUGGAACCUAUAAACAAGAAAAAACAACAAAACACAUCUGCUGCAAAACCUACUCCAUCGAAGGACAACACUUCAACCUCGCCUAGAACACCAUAUGCGAGUACUUCAAACAAACCUAAAAACUAUUUCGGUAAAACUUAUCACGUCAACGCAGAAAGAAUUUGUCCAUUGUGCAAAAGCGACCAUUUUCUGCUUUACUGCCAAUCGUUCAAGCAAAUGUCAUCGGAGACGAAGUUGAAAACAAUUUCGCAACUUAACAUAUGCACUAAUUGCAUGUACUCACACAAUGGCAAGAAGUGCACCUCAAUCAAACGAUGCCGCGUUUGCAACAAUCAACACCACACUUCAUUGCACGACGUAUUGCGAGAAGUGGACUCAUCAAAUUCGCCGACAAACGCGACACCGCAACUACCUACGACCUCCACGAAGUCACAACGCAAGGCGAAUCAUGUUACCGGCGAUUACAAUGAAGUUUUACUUGCUACAGCCCAACUAAAAAUUAGGUCAGCUGAUGGAACUUACCUAAAACUGAGAUGUUUGCUUGAUCAAGGAUCACAAAUAAACUUGAUAACAGAAUCAGCUGCUCAACGUCUAGGGCUGCAACGUAGAAAACAAAACGCAACUAUAUCUGGUAUUGGAUUUUCGACCAAUCAAAGUAACGGAACGAUUCAACUUGUGUGUGAAUCACUAUUUGGAGAUUACACAUUUACAACUGAAGCACUCAUCAUGUCAAAAAUGAUGACCAACCUCCCCAACUACACAUUUGACAAGCAACAAUGGCCUCAUCUACGCAACAUCAACUUGGCCGAUCCAGACUACAAUGUUUCUCGGCCAAUUGAUAUCUUACUGGAUGCUGGUAUCUAUGCAGAUAUCAUCAUGGCGGGCAUACUACGAGGUUCUCCGGAAGCACCCAUUGCACAACAAACUAAACUUGGGUGGGUGUUGAUGGGAAACGUCAAAACUUUCAACUGCCACGUCAUUCUCAACAACAUUGACGACAUUUCACGAUUCUGGGAAAUGGAGGAAAUCAUGGAAACACGCCCUGAGUCAACAGAUGGUCACUAUUGCGAAACUCUAUACAACAACACUACACGCCGACGGGACGACGGGCGCUAUGAAGUGAAAAUCCCCAUGAAACCGAAUUAUGAACAACAUUUGGGCACAACAAAGCCACAAGCCAUUGCCCAAUUCAAACAACUAGAGAAACGACUAGCUAAGGAUGAACAGCUGGCUAAAAGCUACAAAGCAUUCAUUCAUGAAUACCUAAAACUUAAACAAAUGAAGAAAUGCACAAUAUCACGCGAGCCCAGCUGUAUUCUACCUCAUCAUGGAGUCGUCAGACCCGAUUCCACUACUACUAAACUCCGUGUCGUUUUCAACGCUUCUGCCAACACAUCAUCAGGUCACAGCCUCAACGCGUUGAUGGAAGGUGGCCCAAACAUUCAACAAGAUCUUCAAGCUAUCAUUAUGCGCUGGAGAACCUAUCAGUUCGUGUACACAGCUGACAUCGAGAAGUUCUACAGGCAAAUACUAGUACGUGAAGAAGAUCAACAUUUACAAAAAAUCGUGUGGCGAGAUUCGACAGCAGACCUUAUCACAGAGUACCAACUUUGCACUGUUACGUACGGUACGAAGGCUGCGCCAUUCUUAGCCAUGCGCACUAUUAAACAACUUAUCAAGGAUGAUGGUCAUGAGUACCCUCUCGCCUCCAACAUUUUGGAACAUCAAUUGUACGUAGACGACUUGCUGGGCGGAAGCAACACAAUUGAAGUGGCGCAAGCGACACAAACUGAACUUAUCAACAUGAUGAAAGGCGGAGGAUUCAACCUUCGCAAAUGGGCUAGUAAUAGUCCUUCAUUACUACAAAACUUACCUGAAAAUCUCAUCAAUCAAAACAUGAUCAACUUUAAACAUGCGGAAACAAACAAAACACUCGGUAUUAACUGGAAUCCGAGCACAGAUCAAUUUACAUUCAAACAUAACGAAGACGGCAAGACUGACGUCACAACAAAACGGGGAUUGCUAUCGGACAUAUCCAAACUGUACGACCCACUUGGAUGGCUAUCACCUGAUUAA